AUCAGACUUCCGCUGCAUACAUGCUCAUCCUAUAUUGGUUGAUCUUUGGUUCUGCCCAUACUCAUUGAAGUAUGUAACAUCUGGGCAUGCCAGGCCAACUGGCCAAUGAGUCUAUUGCCGACUACAAACAGCGGUUCCAGACUCAGCUCGCACUGAUCGAGGCUGAGGAACAGCGCCAGCUGGCAGCCGAGGCUGCCCGCCUACAGGCUGAAGCAGCGGCAACAGCUGAGAAGCAGCGGCUUCAGGGCGAAGCAGAUGCAGAUACCCAGGCACGCCGUAAGGAAGCCCAGGAUCUGCUGCAGCCGCAUGAAGCCACCAGCAUCGAAAAGCUCAAGUAUUGGCACUUUGAACCAUCUGAAGAGCACGACGACGCGACACCGGAAGAGCAGCACAGGGAAUUCAUGGCCAAACUCGUGACUCGGUUGGUUUACAAUUGUAACCACCUGCAGUCCGAGCUGGCGAAUAUGCAGCGGGCCUUGCGGAACCACAAGGCUCAGCAAGAGGAUGCAGCACGGACACUUGAUUCCCGUAUGCAGGACUUGGAGCAAAUUGCACCAAGACCGGAGGCUGGCGAGUCCAGCAGUGCACCCUCUACCUGCCAACUGGAGGAACGCGUUGAUCGCGUAGUGGCAAUGCUAGGUGAUAUUAGCACCUUCACAGCGCCAGCCACCAUCAGCCAGCAGCUGGACACACUGAAGACCGAGAUCAGGCAGCGACAACAGCCAUCUGACCCCGAUCGCAGCACCAGCACGGCGAAGCAUUACAAGAUGUCGACUUUCCGGAUCGAGAAGUUUAAUGAUUACACACAUCAAGACCCGGUCAUCUGGUGGCAAGGAUUCACAACGGAGUUGGGGAUUCAUGAGGUCCCCGAACAUCUGUUCAUCGGCGCGCUGUUCCUUAACGCCAAGGAAGGAUGCCAGAUCUGGCUCAGUCAUAUGGCAACCAUCCACGGCAUCCAGGUCUUCGACCUACACAAGGUCUCCUGGGAGGAUCUGGCAAAGGAAUGGAAGAAGCGGUUCAUCGUUGACGACGCCCCGACGCUCGCCAUCAACCGCAUCUUCACGAUGGCUCAAGGAAACACAGUGACACGUUAUUGGCUCACGGAUUGGCAGAAGAUUGUGGCGACGCCCGAUCUGGACUCACCAUUUCCGCAUCUGCGCCUGGAGUUCUACAACCGGUCAUGCGCCGCUUUGAGCCUCGCACUUGGUGAUCGCGAGCAGUACAACACCUUCGCUGAAAUCAUCAACAAGGCGAGGGAGAUCAUCAAGACAAACAGGGCAGCUGCACAUGAGAAAUCAGCAUGGCAGCCAACGUAUGAGGACGUGCUCAUGGCACAAUUGCGGGAUUACUUGCACACUGCAGUACCAACUCCGUUGAUGGACGCCGGAGUAGAGGUUGUCGACCUUCACGCCUACAUCGCGAAGAUCGACCGCGAGUUCAAGACAACGAUCGGAGAGGCGACCUGCAGCGCUUUGAUCGAUUGCGGAGCAUCUCGCAACUACAUGAGCCAGGACUUUAUGGUACGCGUCGGCCUUGGCUCACGUGUCCGGAAGAAGUCCCAGCCUACGCAAGCCACGUUGGCAGACGGUCACACGCACAAGUCAAUUGACUGGUGCAUAGAUGACGUCCCCGUGUACUUUGCCCCGCAUGCAAGCGAGGCGGUGUCCUUCGAUAUUUUGGACACCAAAUUCGACAUGAUCUUGGCCAUGUCAUGGCUGCGAAGCGAGGAUUACCCGGUGAACUUCUACCGCCGCACCGUUCACGUCUGUGAUCGGAACGGAGUACUAGUCUCGUGCACGGUAGCUCCUCCUCACCCUUCGAUCAGCUGCCACGUGGUGUCCGCCGCAGACUUGGAAGCUUCCAUCAUCAGAAACGACAUCAAGGAGAUAGGGGUGUGUUUUCUCCACGCCCUCCCGCCCCACGACGCUUCAUCGACGGACUCAUCUUCGGACCCACGCAUCACCGAGCUUCUCGACGCUUACGGCGACGUGUUUGAAAGCCCGCACGGAGUAAUACCGGAUCGGCCCAUCCGCCACGAGAUCAUCCUCAAGGACGGGGCUGUACCUCCGCGUGGUUGCAUCUACCGAAUGAGCGAGGAAGAGUUAAGUGUGCUACGCUAUGUGUCCGAAAUCGAAUUCAACGGGGGUUUUGAGUUGAACGGUUCAACUCCCAUUCAAUUCCCGUUUCAACUCCCCGUUGAACCGAGUUGAACGUGGUACAACUCGGCCCGCGGAUUUUUUUUUUGCACGCAAAACAUAGGUGAAAAAAAAAAAAACAAUAUGGGGGUGUAGAUUUUUUUGCUCUCUACAUCCCCAUAUUUUUAUGUUUAUUUUUUGAGCAUUAAACUUAUUUUUAAAAAAUCAAAAACUAAACCAGAC